AUGGGACUGAAAAUGGAUAGCGAUUUUGUUGCCGCCGCGGCUCCAGUACUCAGCACCAUAGUAGGACCUCAAAAGCCGGAAUUACACGACAUAGAGGGUCGUAGGAGAAUCUUCCCUUUUAGCAAUACAGUGUCAAUUGAAGAGGACACUAAAGGCUUAAUGUUGGAAAAACAUAUCAUUCCAGUGUCGGAUGGUUAUCAGCUUUUGAUAUACCACUACAAGAAAGAGGUCACUGUUGAUCAAGCAUCUCCUGCGCCAGCAAUCGUUCACUUCCAUGGAGGUGGUCUUAUCACAUCGAAUGCGGCAAAUUCUAUCCCCAUGAUGUCUAAAUAUGUCCUCGCCACUGGGGUACAGGUGUUCUCUGUUGAUUAUCGGCUUGCGCCAGAACACCCAUAUCCGACACCUCUCGAGGAUUGCUGGUCCGGCUUAAAAUGGGUUUUGUCAAAGGCAGCCGACUUUUGCCUCGACAGCGCCUCUAUUGCCGUUAUGGGUGAAAGUGCUGGUGGUAAUCUUGCAGCCGCAGUGACGCUGUUGGCGCGAGACCGAGGAUUGGCUCCGCCACUAGCAAAGCAAAUCUUAAUCUACCCUAUGUUAGAUGACCGGAAUUCAUCUAAGAGCAUUGGACCCGUGUGUAUUUGGGACGAAGUCGACAACGUCACGGGUUGGACAGCAUAUCUAGGGCAUAAACCUGGGCGAUCUGGAGUGCCAAUGUUCGCAGCACCCGCUCGUGCGGAAAGUGUUGAGGGUUUACCUCCCCUUUACCUAGAUGUCGGACAGCUUGAUCUGUACAUGCUCGAGGAUCUGGAAUAUGCUACAAAAUUUGUGCAGGCUGGCAUCGAAACGGAACUACAUGUCUAUCCAGGUUUACCACACGCCUUUGACUCGCUCAUGCCUGGCCAUCCUACGACCAAAAUGGCGAUGGAAAACAGAUGUAGAGCAGUUCGAAGACUAAUCCCCGAUUCUUAUGUCAAUAGCGGGUCUAUUAACUCCUGA